AAAAGCCGCCCUCUCUCCUCUUCCUAUAAUAUGAACCCACCACUACCACCACCACUUGUUCUCCAUUCAUGCUUCUCAUGAUUUAUUCUGCAACUUUUUCAACUCUCUAAUUUUUAAAUAAUCAUCAAAUCCAUCUGGCAAACAUUAUUUCUUGCUUCAUGAACUAAGCUGCGAUCAUUUUCUCUCUCUGGGUCUUCAGAAUUCGAGCUAACUUAGCUAAAGGCGUGAUCUUUCUUCUCCGGGUCGUCAGAAUCUGAGCUAAAGUUGCCAUCUUUAUUCUCUGGGUCGUCGUCAUUUGAGCCAACUUAGUCAAAGUUGCGAUCUUUCUUCUCUGGGUUGUCGGAAAUCAUGGGGAACUGUUUUGCAAAGAACAAUGGAUUGGUGAAGGCUCAGCAAAACGGGCAGACCAGAUCAGUUGAAGUGGAUCAGACCCACCAAGAUCCACCGUCGUAUACUCCACAGCCUAGAAGCCAGACGCCGGAGAAACCCCCUUCCGGGACGAAUCAACCGCCGCCGUGGAGAAUGGCGGCACCAGCACCAAGCCCCAAAGCGGCAAGGAGCAGUUCUAUCCUAGAGAACGCUUACGAGGACGUGAAGCUGUUCUACACAUUGGGGAAAGAGCUAGGACGAGGGCAGUUCGGGGUGACGUAUCUCUGCACGGAGAACUCGACGGGGAAGAAGUACGCUUGCAAGUCCAUCUCGAAGAAGAAGCUGGUGACGAAAGCUGAUAAGGAUGAUAUGAGGAGAGAGAUUCAGAUCAUGCAGCAUUUGAGUGGGCAGCCUAACAUUGUGGAGUUUAAAGGAGCGUAUGAGGAUGAGAAGGCUGUGAAUCUGGUCAUGGAGCUUUGCGCUGGUGGCGAGUUGUUUGAUAGGAUCAUUGCUAAAGGGCAUUACAGUGAGAGAGCAGCUGCUUCUGUGUGUAGACAGAUUGUGAGUGUUGUCAAGAUUUGUCAUUUCAUGGGUGUGUUGCAUAGAGACUUGAAGCCUGAGAAUUUCUUGCUUUCUAGCAAAGAUGACAAGGCUUUGAUCAAGGCUACUGAUUUUGGCUUGUCUGUCUUCAUUGAAGAGGGAAAAGUAUAUAGAGACAUUGUUGGGAGUGCAUACUAUGUUGCUCCUGAAGUCUUGCGACGUAGAUACGGGAAAGAAGUUGAUAUAUGGAGUGCUGGAAUCAUAUUAUACAUUCUACUUAGUGGUGUGCCCCCGUUUUGGGCUGAGACCGAGAAAGGGAUAUUUGAUGCUAUAUUGGAAGGCCAUAUCGACUUUGAAAGCCAGCCUUGGCCAUCAAUCUCCAACAGUGCUAAAGAUCUUGUGCGUAAAAUGCUGACUGCUGAUCCAAAAAGGAGGAUCUCUGCUGCUGAUGUUCUUGAGCAUCCAUGGCUUAGAGAAGGA